UGCGCGUCGGCAGCAAGUUUGCGCUGUGCGCAUUUUUGUUUAUAAACAGAAAAGUUUUUAAUCAUCAUUACAUGAUAUUGAAUGUUUAGACAAAUUUAAACAAUUGUUACUAAUAACUGUAUAUUUAUUAUUACAAUCUUAACUGUUUUCGUCUACACUUUGGCCAUAAGGCUUUGAAUUAUGUGGAGAAAAGUGAUAGCGACUGUGUUCUAACCUAUUUUUGGUGUUCUUUAAUUAUCGCUAUAAUUUCUCGUAUACAAUGUAAAAUUAUAAAUAAACGACUUUAUAUAAUUAGCCAAGUGAUAAUUACCAUCGGAAGCAAAGUUCUUCUCAACUUAAUGUGAAAUUCUUGAAAAUAGAAGCGAUUAACUGAAAAAGUGAGGUUAAGUUUCAAUUUCUGAAAAGUACAUCAUUUAUUAAGUAAUAAUUACUGGAAAUAAUUCGAGACAGAAAAAUGGAGUCCGAUUAUGAGGAAGAUCGUGGUACUUGGGGCGAUGAUAUGGGACGAGGAGAUGAUGUCAGUAUGGAAGAGGCUUUGGAAAACCCUCGAGAAGUCUUGAAUGAAUGUUUAGAAAAAUUCAAAACCCCGGACAAUAUAAUGGAACCAGGAAUAUUUAAUCAAUUAAAGAGAUAUUUUCAAGCCGGUGGAAAUCCAGAACAGGUUAUUAGUUUUCUUUCGAAAAAUUACACGGCUUGCGCACAAAUGAAUAAUCUCCUGGCCGAGUGGCUCAUUCUUGCUGAAGUUAAAGUAACCGACGUUCAGGCAAUGAUUGAAAAUAAUUUGAAGGAUAUGGUUUUAAAAACAUUCGAGCCAAAGAAGGCGGACAAAAUUUUCACCGAGGAAGGAGAGACACCCGCCUGGUUGACGGAAAUGAUUCAGCAUCCAACUUGGCGAUCGUUAAUUUAUAAAUUAGCCGAAGAUUAUCCCGAUUGUUUGAUGUUGAAUUUCAUCAUAAAGCUUAUUUCCGAUGCUGGAUUCCAAGGUGAAAUCACAAGUAUUUCGACUGCAGCUCAACAAAUUGAAGUAUUUUCUCGUGUUUUGAAAACGGCGAUUGCGGGAUUUUUACAAAACACCGAAAAUUGGCAGUCGAGUAUUCAAGAAUGUGCAAAAAUGGUUUGUCACGGUCAACACACUUACGUUUACAGUCAAGUUUUAUUGCAAAUAUUGUCCCAAGAACCACGCGGUGGAUUUAUGAUGAAACGACUAUCACAAGAAAUCACAAAAUGUGCUCAACAAAAUCGACACGAUGUUACUCCAAUUACAAUGGCACUAAAUGGAGCUGCAGCAUUUCCGGCAGCGUCUCAAGCUUUAGCGUCUAUGUUAUCCCGUAAUACUCUCAAUCCAGCGGAUAUUUCACUUUUAUUUAGAAAUUAUUCAACAGCCGAUCCACCCUCGAUUGAAUUAAUUCGUAAUCCGCAACUAUUGGAAUUAUUGAUUGACGCUCUCUUUAAACCGGGCGUGAAAGUAAAUCAGGAGCACAAACCAAAGUACAUUUAUUUACUGGCUUACGCGGCGAGUGUUUGUGAGACUCCAGCGAAAAAAUCAAAUCCACGUAAAAUAAAUAAAGAUGAACUUAAAACGACAAUACAAGCCAUUGAGAAAGUACACAAUAUUUGUAAUAAUAAUAAAGGAUCGACUGAAUUAAUUGCGGAAUUAACGACAAUUUAUCAAUGCAUCAGAUAUCCGGUCGUUAGUAUUGGAGUAAUUCGCUGGGUAGAAUACACAGUGACAGAACCUUCUUAUUUUAAAUUAUGCACAGAACAUUGUCCAAUUCAUCUCGCACUAUUGGAUGAGGUUGUCGUCUGUCAUUCGCUUUUGCAUCCAAAAAUUUUACAACUUCUGGUUCGUCUUUUCGAGAGCAAACAAGAUGAAUUGGAAAUUCUUGUACAGUUGGAAAUGAAAAAAAUGCUUCUGGACCGAAUGGUAAAUCUAUUGAGUCGUGGAUGCGUUGUGCCUGUUGUUUGCUAUAUAAAACAAUGUUGGCAGAAGGGCGACACAGAUAUUUCCUUAAUUCGAUAUUUCGUCACUGAGGUUUUAGAGGCAAUCGCCCCUCCGUAUUCAACGGAAUUUGUCAAUCUAUUUUUGCCAAUGGUGGAAAAUGAAGAAAUUACAGGAACAAUGAGAGGCGACAACGAAAAUGAUCUUGUUUCGGAAUUCAUUGUUUAUUGUAAAGCACACAGUCCGAUCGUGAGAUGACGAUUGAAGAAUUAAAUGUAAAUACGGCAAUAAAAGAAGAAAAUUCA